UGGGACCCAACUCCCACCUAACAAAAGUUUCUACUAGCCCCAUUUUCCAUUUUCCAAUUAAAUGAUGCUAUUCAAUUCUAACAACACAACCCACCAAAUCAUAGCCAAAUAUACAGAAACCUCUUCAAUCCCUUCAUGGGAUCAUAUACCUUUUUUUAACAAAAAGAACAUCGACACAUAAAACACUAUAUAACGUAACCUACCUUUUAUCCAUAGCGUGGACCUCCAGAUUUCCACAUAUUUCAACUUCCCUCCCUCUCAAAUUCCCUAUGCUUUCCUCUACUCCCUUCAAAAUUUUCAUGGACAAAAAAAAUAAAAACCCUAAAAGAAAUAGCAGCAUUCAUGAUGAUAAUGAUAUCUCCAUCGUUAAAGCAGCAGCAUGGGCUUGGUAUCAACAUGGUUCGGGUUCCGAUGAAGAGAAGCUGAUGCGCGAAUUCGAUGUCUAUAGAACUCCUCAAGCUCCUAAGCCAUCCAGAUACAAGCUAGAAGCUAUGGAUAAAAAGAUCAAAGAAAGUACAACCCAUACUAAUAAUUCUCUUCUUGAUGCGUAUGAGAUUGCGAGUAUAUCCAAGCGACUUGACGAUCUUAUUAUAGAAUCUAGAAAUAGUAGUAUACGAUUUUAUGAUAGAACCUUUAAUGGAGACCAAGAAAGUAUUGUAUCGAUGUCAUCACCAUCACCAGACGGUUCCUAUAGUAGUAAUAGUGCAAUGAAGAGUAAAAAGAAGAAGAAGAGGUUCUUGAAAGGAUUAUGGCUUAGACAUCCAGUUGUUUGUGGUACAACAAAAGAUGUGGAUACAAAAGCUUUUGUUAGGAGGACGUCACUGGCCGCCGGAAAUUUACCAGGCUCCGGUAAUGUAUAAUGGUUGUUUGUAGGCUAGAGAUUGCCCAUGCCUAGUGAAUUUGCCAGCUAUGUACAUCAAUUUAAUGUAACUUUUUAGAAAAAGAAAAGAAAAUUUUCGUUAAUUUUUUUUUAUUUUA